UCUAGACUUCAAUUUUCCAUAAUCAUUCUCUCGCCUACCGUGUAUUAAAAUUUAUCAAACAAAAUAUGGAUAUUUUAGAUAAGCAAGGAAAACAUGGAGCCUACAUUGUUAUGGACAAAUGCAGGAUUCUUCAUUCUGAAUUUGUUACAGAUUGUAUCAAAAAAAAAAAGGCGGUUACAAAGCAUUAUUUAUGCUGCCCUAUUCACCUUAAACCCUAUCGAAGAAUGUUGGUCAAAGGUCAAGUCUCACACAAAAUGUCAUUUUUUGAUAGAGACAGAUCAAUUAACACCAAGGAUUGUAACUGCUUGUAAAACAAUUAUCCCAGAUGACUGUCACAAAAGUCGUCUAAGUUAUUAUUUGACAAUUAUCAGUCAGCAUAGGUAAAAAGCCUAAGCAUAAAUCUCUAUUAUUCGUCUGAAUAUUAAUUUUAUUUUGUCUA